GAUGUUCUUUCUGACUCCACCCUCGCCAUUCAGGGUAAACAUACCAGUGCUGCUUCGUGUUCGUUGAGACUUCGAACCAGGAUGGGGAGUCAACAGAGUAAGGUGGAAGAAACUCCGGCUCAAGAUGAGUUAAUGAGAAGAGAGGAAGAGAUAAUGCAACAGAGGGAGAGACAAAACAGGGAAUCUCAAGAACGGCAAACUACUGGGAGAGGAAAUCCGACCCAAGAUGAGUUAAUGAGAAGAGAGGAAGAGAUAAUGCAACAGAGGGAGAGACAAGACAGGGAAUCUCAAGAACGGCGAACUACUGGUGGCAGGAAAAAGACCCAACAGGAGUUAAUGGCCGAAGAAGAAGAGAUUCUGCGAGAGAGAGAAAGGAGGUGGAAAAAUCAGCAGAAAUGAAACACAAACAGAAACAUGUGUGCUUGUAUAGUGCUAAUGUUCAUAAGAGCAAGUAUUAGUUAAUAAGAUAUCUUUACACCUUGUUUAUGUACGAUUAACGUGAUUUACUUUCAAACAUAAAAUAUUUCCUAAUUUCUGGUGAGUAAAAUGGGCAUUGAUGCAAUUUGUCUUAAGUUUUCAGUUCAAAAUGACAAGGAUAUAAUUUCAAACAAGAAGAAACAUUUUAUUUCUCAAGUGUGCAUACACACACCCAUUUCCUUUUUGUGUAUCGCUUCUAAGGUUGCUCAACCCUCUAUUUAGGCUUGGCAGUGCUGAAAAAAAAAUGUGCCCAAUUGUAAGUCUGAAAGUUGUUUCAAUUUAAAGAAAGUUAUUUCAACGACUGACAAUAAAUCAAAGCAAACAACUCAUCAAAACAUACGUUCAGGGGUAAGCAACUUUUCACCAUAUUGUAUCUUCUUACUGUAGUAUAAGUACUUGUCUAUUGUAUAAAAAAAAAAAAAAAAAAUUAUGGGUAACUGACAUGUGAAUUAUGAAAGUUAUACCUGUAUACAUAUCCAAAACACACUUUGUUAUCCAAAACAGUAAAAAUAUUCCCAUCUAUCAAAUGUGAUUCUUGCAAGGGCUUUCAAAUCCAGUGCUAUCUUCCAGUACCAUAAUAAAUGUUCAAAAUCAUAUAGCACAUCACAGUUAAAACCUUUUCAGGUACCACCUUUGAUAAUGAACAAUGGUCAUUUAACUAAGCAUCGACACUAAUAAACGUGCAAUCUAGCAGGAUCAAAUGCUAAUUAACAAUAAAUCAUACCAGAUUACAAUUGAACAAAGUACUUAAUAAGCACAGAAACAAACUACACCUAGCUUCUCAGAAUCAAACACAGUAAACUGGGCUGUAAUAAGUAGAGGAGAAUAUUAUUACUCAUAAACACACCAUUUCCUUAUCCAAGAUACACACUCAAAAACUACACAUUCACAAGAUUUUAUUGCUAACUACAUUAAAUAUCACAUGCAUGACACUGAGAAAAAAUAUCACUAUUACUAUAGAGUUGGUAUCCAAUGAAAAAAGUAAAUAUGUAUAGCCUAUAUUGCUACAGAUACACUAAUAAUGUUAAUGGAAUAAGUGAUUAAUACACAUGUGCAUUUGGCUGUGGAAUGAAGCCUAAUUAAAGUAUUGGAGUUACAUGAAAUUAUAUUUCAUGAAUAAAUGAGCAGAAAAUUGAUAUAAGACAUUAAAUGUAUGUAUGUGUGUGUGUGUGUGUGUGUGUGUGUGUGUGUGUGUGUGUGUGUGUGUGUGUGUGUGUGUGUGUGUGUGUGUGUGUGUGUGUGUGUGUGUGUGUGAUAUGUAGACUACUAUUUAGGUAAAAACUCUGUAAGCACUGCUUAAGGAUCAAUAAAAAUUACUUCUCAAUGCUUUAUUUUAUGGCUAAACACCUUUCUAUUGUAUAAAUAUACACAAAUCUAUGUUC